AUGUCGCUGGUCAACAACAGCUCUAUCACGCCGUCUUUUACCCUUCUGUCUUGGCAGCUCACGCUGGUGGUCACGUUGGCCCUCCUAGGGCCUGCCGUAUGCCAAGCCGUUGCAGUUGAAUCUCCCGAGCCAGCGUCUCUACUGCGACCCCGGGACGUCAAUCCACACCCGUACCGGAACGCAUACGAGGGCAUCGCCAUCUUCGACCGGAACCUCAUUACCAACAGUAAAAAAUUCUCUCAAAAUCUGCUCAAUCAAGGUCCGAUCCAGUUCCCACGGCUGAGAGAAGGAAGUUCCGUCAAUGCGCUGCCCUACCCGUACGAGACGCUCGCCCUCAAGGAGCGGCACCAGAAGAUGGUGAGAUUUUCCGGUGCUGACAGCCACACGGUGAAACCGGCCUAUCAGGCGUUGGCCAAGCAUGCUGCGCGGGUGCUUGGAAAGAGCUACGUCGUGGAUGAUAUCGAUAGUUACAACGAAGCCUCGACGAACGUGAAGAAGAACUACGUCUUCUCAUAUGCGGUUAAGGAUUCGGCGUCUGGGGACGACUUUUCACACACCCAACAGCAACAGACGGAUGGUGCCGUAAAGGGCAGUUACAAGGUGCACCUGCCGGAUGGUCGAAUGCAGAUCGUCAAGUAUGUGGCCGAUAACAAUGGCUACCGGGCGGAUGUAACGUACGAAAACGAACCAUCGGGUAGCAGUGCACCGGCACCACAACCUGAGCCGGUUGCUCAAGUCGCUUCUGGACCAUCUGGCCCAGUGGCAUAUGAGCAGUACUACGCGAGAGCUCCUGUCCAUCUUGCCCAGGUUCGCCCGGCUCGACUGUAUUAUGCCGCACCCAAUCCUACCCAAAUUCCUGCACCUUUCUAUCCGACCCAACUACGUCCUAGUGACGUCAAGAUCCACAGCUACAACACGGCCCCACAUGCCGGAGCAGUAGUUGCCUCAACGACACCACAGACUUCACCGGCAGAAGGUGCAUAUGUAGCUGCGUUCCAGCCACCUGCCAACUUGGCCUACAUUGCAACCCCAUCUUCGGGUGCGAGUUCCGGAGGAAUUGCAGUACCUGUAACAGCUAUUCCACUGGCGGCGUAUCGCGAUAUUAAUGUGCCACCUCCGCCUCCUGUACAACCAAUUGGGGUGGCUUUUGCUUCGGCCGGUCGGCGUACCACGGUGUACGCCGAACCUGCGCGAGUUCUGUCUCAAGGAUCACCGGUGCUACAGCAGGCGGUCUAUCAGCAACAGCCAGUUCAAUCGCAGGACUAUGAAUACGUGCAGAUUCCGGCCGACAAUCGGGUGUACAGAAGGGACACAGAUCGCAGCACGGAGGUGCUUCCCAGUGGUUCCACGCGGAAGGCGCGAAGUCAGCCGAAAAAAGCGAUGUGAAAUCCACGUGGGGAACGCAUUAUUUUCUGUUUUAUCCUGUACAACAAAUAGCUAAAUAUUCGAAAUAAAAUU